AUGGGUGUAGGACGUCGAAUGAAGAAGCAGGGACCCCCUGAGGCACUCGAUGAAGCGCAUUUUACGAAUUUGAAGAGAAAGGCGGGAAUGAGCGUUGCGCAAUCCAGAGCGGAGUCGCAGCAAUACACGAAGAAGCGGCGGACUGGGGAUGAAGAUGGAGAGAAGAAGAAGAGAGUCAGGAGUGAGAAAAGAGACAGGAAGGCCGCUGCGAAGAAAACUGAUUCUGCAAAAGCCCUCACGGAGACGAAAAAGAAGAAAGCCGUGGAUGUUCCUCUUCCUGCUUCCGAUGAGGAAUUGGACGAUGAUUCUGAUGUGGACGAUACGAUGGCCGACGAGUUUGAUGUAUCUGCCGACGAAAAGUCUGGGGGACUAGGCGAUGAUUUCUUGGAUUCGGGAAGUGAAAUUUACGACUCUGCCGACGAUCACGCAAAGACAGCUAUGUUCUCCGAGGACGAAGAUGAAUCCGAUGCAGAAGAGAAGUUGACUGCCGCCAAUAUUGCUGGGUUGACGAGGAAGUUGGACGAGCAGAUGAUGCAGGACGAGGAAGACGCGCAAGCCGAAUUGGAGGAGGCUGCUAUGCAGACUAACAUCGCUGGUGAUCGGCCGCAUAUUUUGGAAGAUAGUGAAGAUGAGGAAGGAACUGGCGUCAAAACGAACGCGCUACUGGCACCAGACUUGCAACUGCUACGAACGAGAAUCAAUGAUACAGUUCGUGUACUUGAUGAUAUGGCAAAUCUGGCGGAAGAGGGACGAUCCAGAGCGGAAUACACCGCCCAACUUAUCAAGGAUAUCUGUGCAUACUAUGGCUACUCGCAGUACCUAGCGGAGAAACUGUUCAAUCUGUUUCCCCCGAAGGAAGCGUUCGCUUUCUUCGAGGCUAAUGAAACCGCUCGCCCCGUUGUUAUUCGAACAAAUACCCUACGAACUCAUCGUAGAGACCUCGCCACUUCUCUGAUUAAUCGGGGUGUAACUCUCGAACCCGUUGGUAAAUGGUCAAAAAUUGGUCUUCAAGUCUUCGAGUCAGCUGUUCCUCUUGGGGCCACUCCCGAGUAUCUUGCUGGCCAUUAUAUACUUCAAGCCGCAUCCUCUUUCCUUCCAGUUAUGGCUCUCGCACCUCAAGAACAUGAGAGAGUACUCGAUAUGGCUGCUGCUCCUGGUGGAAAAACCACGCAUCUUGCAGCGCUGAUGAAAAACACAGGCGUCAUAUUCGCCAACGAUAGCAAUAAGUCUCGAGCUAAAGGUUUGAUUGGUAAUAUCCAUCGACUGGGGGCGAAGAACACGAUUGUUUGUAACUACGACGCGCGUGAAUUCCCAAAAGUCAUGGGAGGAUUCGACCGUGUCUUACUGGAUGCCCCAUGUUCUGGUACUGGAGUUAUUGCCAAAGAUCCUAGUGUUAAGACAAACAAGACCGAAAAGGAUUUCCUUAUGCUUCCCCACCUUCAAAAGCAAUUGCUUCUUUCUGCCAUUGACUCAGUGGACCAUGCUAGCAAAACGGGCGGAUAUAUCGUCUAUUCGACAUGUUCGGUCACUGUGGAAGAGAAUGAACAAGUUGUUCAGUACGCGCUUAGCAAACGACCGAAUGUCAAACUUGUUGAGACAGGCUUGGUUUUCGGUAAAGAAGGAUUCACAUCUUACAUGGGAAAGUCAUUUGAUAAGUCCCUCAAAAUGACACGGAGAUACUACCCUCAUGCCUACAAUGUGGACGGUUUCUUCGUCUCCAAGUUCAAAAAGACAGGACCUACAACAGCAAGUGACAUGGCUGCAACUACUACGAAUGCCAAGAAAGCACCAACCGAGGAAGAUUUGGAACUGGUGGACAGAAGACCUGUUCCGGAAACUGAAGAAGAGGAAGAAGACGCUUUCGGAGGCUGGAAUGAAAGUGAAGACGAGGUUUAUAUUGAACGCGCAAAGAAGAGCGCACUGAGGAAGAAGGGAAUUGACCCUAAAUCAAAAUUAGGGGAUGAAAAUAAGCGAGGCAAACCCAAGCCUGUGGAAGAAACGAAUGGAGCGGCCGAACCAUCGGAGGAUGCGAAUAUUGAGCUGAUCGCCGAAACGAGUACUAGCACAAUUCCCAAGAAGUCCAAGAAAGUCAAGAGUACGAAAGUAGAAAUCGUUGCCGUCGGGACAAAUGGUUCUAAAGACGGCAAAUCAAAUCCGAAGGACGAUGUUGUAAGUCCUGCUACGAAUGGGGCGCCGAAAAAGUCGAAGUCAAAAGUUCCGAAAAAGGCGUAG